CAUUCCAAGAUCAGGAUGCGGUUCAUUGGUUGUGCUUGUCUGGUCCUCAGCUGCCUGGUAGCCUAUUCCUCGCCAGCUCUCUUGGCUCCAAUUCGACCAGUUGGCCAAAAUGUCAGUACCGCUCCGGCCAGCAACUUUGCUUUGGAGUUGAAGGGUGUCAUCCGCCAGAUACCCAUUGGCGAAAUUGAAAAACUAGUCCAGGCCUAUCUCCUCAACGAUCCCGAAUUCCAGGCCGUGAUCAGGGCCGUCAAUUCGCUACCUGCCUAUAGAUUCUUCCGGCAAUUGGCCAACCAACCGGAAGUGCGACAGCUUCAGCAAUGGCUCUCCCAGCAGCUGAUUUUGUCCGGGGGCUCCCUGAAGAUCUUCGACUACCUGGAACUGGAGAUCAAGGUGUUCAAUAAGUAUCCAUUCUGGUCGCAGCUGGUAAACGGUGUCCAAGGAUUUGAAACUGAAUUCGCGCAAGUGUAUCCUGUGGAAUUGAUUCGAUCUCUGCUGGAACCGAGUGCCACUCAGACUAGUCCGCUUCUCUCGGAACUCUGGCGUCGUUUGGUGUCCUUGCGACCAGUUUACGAAAGGGUGAUAGCCUCUGCCCAAGGAAAGGCCAUUACCAAUGAGCUCCAACGCCUGGGAGUGAAUAUAAAUGGUGUGGAUGCCAUCAUUAGGUAUCAGUUUGGUUGGACCAAUGCUACUUGGAGUACUCCCAGUAACAAUUAUGAUUAUUAUUAUUAUUAAAAACGAUAUAUAUUG